AUGAAGUUGGGUGUACUCUAUAAAAGUGCGACGCUUUCAAGACCAAAUGAAUAUAUUGUAAUAAUAUUCACAAUUUUCGAUGGUCUUAUGCAAAUUCUUCAACUAAUCCUACUCAUCGUCUCAACUAUUUCUCUGGUCCGAUUCAUUCGAGAAACUUCGAAGAUCAAGAUGCUCAAAAACAAGAACGAUCGACAGAAAGAACGAACCGAAGGACUGAUUCUUUUCACUCUGGUCUCAUUUUUCAUAGCCACUUUCCCAACUAUUCUUGUCAAUAUGACGUUUGCAAUUGUUGCCAGCUUAGAUAUGACUCCAAUGAUUCUCAUGGCAAGUGAAAGAAUCUCUUUGAUGAUGCAGACACUAAACUCGAGUACACAUGGAAUUAUUUGUUUAUUGAUGUCUUCCCAGUACAGGGAUGUUGUUAAGAAUACAUUCAACUCUGGAAAUGAUAGUACUGUCAGUGUUAUACCUGUUGAGAAUGUUUCAGUCGUCAGGGUUGACAGACGGGCUCGGGUAUAUAAGGAGCCAGAGUACUCAGUUCUUUACCCAUUCUCUCUUGUGACUAUGGACCCUUUCUCUUAUCCUUUCCCAACAUAUAAUGUUGAUUAUUCCUCUACCCCUACAUAUUCUGGCUACUACCCUAAUACGGAUUACUGGAACUGGGUCAACUAUUACUAUCAAAAUGGAUUAAGCUAUGAUCAGCCGACGUCUUCUGGAUAUUCAUUUAUGACUUCACCACCAACUUCUACGAUGUCAACUCCAAGUACGUCCUCAGAACCUGAUUCAACUGCCACUUCAUCUCCAAUGCUCUCAAUGACGCCUUCAUUCUAUCCGAUACCAACUUCUACAAUGGCACCAACCACCACCACUCCCCAUCGUUCCCAGGGUUCUCCCAAACAAUGUUCCAACUGCUUCGCCACGGAAACAUGUCAAUGGAGGAAUGUUCGAUCGGAGAACGGAAUUCUGUGCAAUGCUUGUUUCAUCUACCUGAGAAAGUAUAAGAAGACUCGACCAGUUACUGCAGUGGAGAAGUAUAGGAGUAAGAAAGUUCAUCGCCAAAGUAAUUCUGACUAA